AUGACGCCGCUGCAUCUAGUGUCUGCGAUUGUAGCAUCCUAUGUGUGCUUCGUGCAAGGACAAUCAAUAUGUACAACGCCCGACAGUGCUUCAGGAGUUUGCAUCGGUAUUCACGAAUGCAAACCUCUCUUGGCGAUUCUAAACAAGCCACAAAGGACCAAAGAGGACAUCGCUCUCUUGAGGCAGUCACAGUGCGGCUUCGGCGCUAACAAUAUGCCACAGGUAUGUUGUCCUCAAGUAACGCCGCCGCUAGAUAGACGAUGUUUUACGUAUGAAGGUAAAGAAGGCACCUGUUUGGGUCUACGAUCUUGUCCAUCGCUGACGAAAUUACUGACGCCGCCUAUCGCUAAGGAGUCUGUGACUUAUGUCCAAGUAUCUAGAUGUGAAAGUCCAGAUCAAUACAGCGUAUGUUGUGGGCCGGACGAUGUCGUGCCACCUCCACCUGUAAAGGUUCCUGGGGCAGCUUGCACGCCCUCAGCAGCGCCCCCAGAUCCCAGAACUGAAUGCUGCGGUAUUGAUAGCGGAGGGGGAAAUAGAAUUUUUGGUGGAAACGUGACGGCUAUAGACCAGUAUCCCUGGCUGACGCUGAUAGAGUACAGAGGUGUUCGGGACGACGCUAUAAAAUUAUUGUGUGGCGGAGCUCUUAUCAGCGGGCGAUAUGUCCUGACUGCCGGUCAUUGUGUCGCUGGUCCAGUACUCAACAUAGGGAAGCCAAUAAACGUGCGCCUUGGUGAAUACGAUGUAAGAGUCACGGGUAGAGACUGCGUGGAAGUUGAGGGCGGUGGAACAGACUGUACAGAUCCCAUGUUGCCGUUGCCAAUAGAAGCGACAAUACCGCACAAGGACUACAACCCAAGCGCUAAGCUGAGGAGGAACGACAUCGCUUUGAUACGUCUAGCGAAAUUAGCACCGUACACAGACUUCAUCAGACCGAUAUGCCUACCAACCUUAGACAUAGCGAGGAAUUCCGUACCAAACGUCAGAUUAGAAGUGGCCGGCUGGGGAGCCGUUAGCGAUGAGCAGAGUUUCAGUAAUGUUAAACUACACGUGGAUCUACCGUUAGCAACUAAACAAGAGUGUGAACCAUAUUACGCGCAAAGAGAAGUCCCACUAUGGGAUGGGCAGUUAUGCGCUGGUGGUGAAAAGGGCAAAGACUCGUGUAAAGGAGACUCUGGUGGCCCACUAAUGAACGAGAACGGCAAGAUAUGGGAAAUCGUGGGAAUAGUGAGCUUCGGUCCGACGCCUUGUGGGAUGGAACACAUACCUGGCGUCUACACGAAAGUCUAUCAGUAUCUCCCGUGGAUACGCAGUCAGAUGAAACCGUGA